GUACCUGAAUGGCUCUCGAGGCGUUGCUUAGGUAUUGAAGAGGCCUGCCUCUGAAUCUGCGCAGCGGGCGAGCAAUCGUUAUUGCCCCGCAACGCCCUGUCAAAGACGAAUUUUGCGCAACGGGGGAGCACCGAAAGAACCUGGCUACACCUCCAUUCUCACUUACGCGCACGUCCGCAGCUUACGGCGCGUUUUGGUCCCAAAGAUGACAGGCCAUCUUAGAGAGGCAGUCAGGAAAGAGCGCAGCCAGCUUGAAGUCCCCGACAGCGAAAACUCGUGGGCGUCUUGCAUAUAUGCGGGCGGAACUUGUUACUUCUCGUGACAGUGCAAUUGCUCAAUCGUCUGAAAAACCGCUGGCGCCGUACCAAACAGAGCAGGCAGGACAGAACGUGGAUAAUGCUCGGUUAGCAAGGAGGGUCAGGCAGAAAUCAAUUGACGUAUUGUAUCGGCCGGGCGUUCCGCGUGUUCUCGUUCGAGAACGGCGCUGCGGCACGUGAAGAUUGCUCAGCUCGGACAUCUCGGAUUCAAUGAUACGGCCGGCUCGCGGCACUCGUAGUGUAUGGCCCGUGAUUAGAAACACCUGUCUUCCGUCGUCGCCAUGACUGUCGUGGACCAGACGUCCGCCUGUGCCGGCAAGAAGAAGGGGUGCGCAGUCACCUCUCCGAGCAACGGAAAGAAAGGCAUACCUCGCUAUGGGCCGGACAGCGUGCACAGUUGGAUGACGGCAGGAGCAUGCGCUCUUGCAACGUUUUUCGGCGUCGGCGGAAGAAGGUCAAGCGGCUUCUUGUACGUGGCUAUAUUGGACACGUUCAACGCCACGAGAUCACAAGCUGCAUGGCCCAUCAUAUUACUUGGCGGUGUCCUCCUACUCACAGGUCUCGUUGCUGGGCCCUUAGCGCACCGGUACACUCCACGGCCGGUGGCCAUAGUCGGCGGGACUAUUGGAGCCCUUGGUCUCAUCAUAUCGUACUUCGCAACCAACAUCGAAUACCUCGUUUUCAGCUUGGGCAUUGUCCAUUCCAUCGGGAGUGGCAUGCUGUUCGUCGUUAUCCCGACUGUCAUCAAUGAACACUUCAUCCGCUACAAGGGCCUUGCCAUGGGCAUCAAUUUCGCCGGCGCCACCAUGGGCACAUUUGUUUUUCCAAAGUUUCUCGAAUUGGCGACGAACCAGUAUGGCUUCAAAAGUGCCCUGCUGCUCUUCGGUGCUCUUUGCCUCAAUGCUGUUGCCUUCAGCCUGUUCCUGCGUCAGCCUUCGUGGCUGAAGAAGAAGCUGAAGGAACAGAAGGAACAGCAAGCUCAAGCGGAGAAGCUGCGCAGCCUAAACGAUACUUCGGGCCGCCCCGUCAAUGGCUGCCGCAUUGCUAUUCCAAAUGGGUUAGCAGAAGAUAAGACAAGCGUGAAGAAAGUAGAAUUAGUGGCAGGAUCGUUUCGUCAUGGGCUCACUGUGUUCUCGUGUCCCAUGUUUUAUGUGGUGAUGUACUCUUACAUUGCGUUCAGCUUCGCCUUCGAGUGCUACAUCUCCCUAUUGGUGGACUUCGCCAUUGACCGCGGAGUCAGUGUGUCUAACGCGGUGACCGUGCUUUCCACCAGUUCCGUGGCUGACCUGGUCGGUCGGCUGACACUUCCUGCGCUGGCUGACAAAGGAUAUUUCACACGGCAAGCGCUGAUGACCAUCAGCUUUGCGUGGAUGGGAUCUCUGUACAUCAUGCUUCCCCUUGCGGAGAGCUACGCGGUCGUGUUCGCCAUGGCAACUGCGAUUGCCUUCUGCAUCGGCACCACUGUAGUGCUUUUCUCUGUGCUGUGUGCAGAGUAUGUGGGCAUCGAACGAGUGUCUAUGGCCUACGGCAUGGUGUCCGCUUCUGCAGGGAUGACGUCGCUAGCGAAGCCACUCGUCAUAGGUUACUUCCGAGACAAGGUCGGGUCGUACGACAACCUGUUUCGCCUGUGCGGUUCUACAGUGACGCUGGCCGCCAUCAUCUGGAUCUUCGUUCACAUCAGGCUCUGCGCCACUUCCAAGCAUACGUGGACGUUGCAAAAUGGCACAUUGUGUGGCUCCCAGGAAGGCAGUGUAAAAAAGAACCAACCCUAAAUCGGCCGUUCUCCCAGUGAACUUGAACUACGUGCGCUUUGAGAAUCAUAUAUGCAUCCUUGCGCCAACGCCCAGUCGUUGGCGCCUACAUUACCUACGUGAAUAGGCCUGCGCGAGAUUCCUAUUGCUGAACCACCAUGUGCGAGCGUAAAUCAGCCGGGCGCUUGCGCUUGUAGGCGCUUGCGCUUACAAAAGGAGCGAAGGGGUCACCUGCUUUGUUUCGUAGAAAAAUCUGCCUACGCAGACGUCCACUCAUUACUACGCCUUCCUGGAAGAUCGAUCGAGUGUUUUGUUGACUGCGGCGCGCGCUAUGCGCGGUGUGAGAGAUGCCGCUUCGACUCGCUUGGAGCUACAAUUCUAUGCCGCAACGACUUGUAUAGAGUGAAUGUUAUGUCGAAGGACAAAACUCAGUAUGCGGAGACCACAAGCGUUGCGAGCUGUGAAACUGUAGCCUAGCUAUUUUUCCUGGCUCUCAGGCAUUGAAGGACUGUGCCACAAAUUACUUGCAUCUCACCCACUUGGUGCUGGCCCACCAUCAGUGGUUCUCACGAAUCGGAGACCUUGGAAGGUAGGUGGGUGCUUGCAGCGGGGCGUUGCUAUGCAUGAAAUUUUUUUUUUACUCGUAUUGCGGAAAGGUGUGUCCGAGGAAAGGAUUGCGAUGAGAAACUCCUAAUAAUUACUACCCAUGCAUGCAGGACACAGCAGACAAUAGUCAUCUAAUAUAUGGCGAAUGCCUCACGCCCGAUUUUGUCAUCUAUUGUAUAGCAUCUCGCGCUCUUCAUCGCAAGCUGAAUGACAAUAGAAGCCAAAACUACAUUGACACAAGGAAUUACAAUAAAGAAUUAUGAAAGGAUUCGAUGCCUCCGUCUAAUUUGCUCUUUUCAACAUAUUUAACCAGUGUGUGUGGUACAUGUCAAAAUAAGCACAUGAUAUUACAGUGAUAGCUGUACUAAGGAAUGACGUGGUUAUCCACAAGCCCCGAACACAUGGCUCAUCGCUGUCAUUUCCAUCUGCUCUCCAAUCUUCAGGACUUAGUUUCUUGA